AUGGCCUGGCCGCAGGCGAACCCUUUCGAGACCAAGAAACAGCGCCAAGAGCGCGAGGUGCAGUCGUUGCUGGACAAACUGCAGCCCGAUUCCAUCAUGUUGGAUCCCGAUCGCAUCGGCGAGAUCAACCAAGAAGUGGCCAAGGCCUACAACCAGAAAGGCAAGGAGGAAGAGGAGAAGGAAGCGGAGGAGGCUAAGAAGGCUACUAAGAAGAUGCGGGGAAAGAACAAGGUGGGAAAUCGCAUGAAGCGGAAAGCGCUGAAGAAAGGGGCCGAACAGAGGCAAAAGACCAAGGAUCGCCUGGCGCAGGGCGGUGGUGAAGAUGAUGGCGACGACGAUGACGACGAAGAUGAUGACGAUGAAGACGAAGAUGCAGCUGGCGAAGCUGCCGGAGAGGGCACUCGUCUCGAGCGGCAACCAGCACCUCCGGGUGUUGGUGCAGCCCUUUCACGCUUCUACGGCAAGCGGCGGCGGAAGACCUGAGCACCACAAAAAGUGGGAAAAAACGGAGAAGUCCCAGGAUUUCU